GGGACGCGAUGUCGAAAAAUGUUGAUUACACGACCUCACCUUAUGCUCAGUGCUCCAUGCGCUGCUGAUGUGUUUGAACAGUUUCAUGAAAUUCACAAAAUUCUAUGUUCAAUAAAAAUCUGCUGUCAUCAAUACAGAAGAAAAUAGUUUAGCAUAGACAACUAAGCAUAGGAAAAGCCAUGCUGGACAACGACGCCAGCAACAACAAUUGCAAUCCACAUAAACUGCCACUCGGGGAUCUUAAGUUCGCCCUCUCUGGCCAGGAUGGCGUCAAGCGGCAUGUCCCCGCUCUGGAUGUGCAUUGGGUGAGACGAGAGAAGCCCUUUGGUAGCUACAUUUGCCUGAUGAGCUCCUAUGGCAAGCUCAAGACCGCUGCGGCCCUGGAGGAAUGGACAUUUACGGCCAACAAUUGCCGUCAGGAUUUGGAGUUUCUGCUUGGCUUGAGCCAGCAUGAAUUCUGGUCGUAUAUGGUAUACGAAGAGUCGGCCAUGGCUGCCAUUGUGACAUUCCUGCAACGAGCCAAUCCAUACUACAGACAACCCGAUGUCAGUGAUAAUUCCGCACAGGAUAAGGAGAUCGCUCAGGCCAAUCAACUGUAUGCGCAGCUCCUUAGACUCGUUGUGCGUCUGGUGAUGCGUCUCUGCACCGCAAAAGAAUCGGCCUCCGAAUGGAUUACCCCUCAGCAGCACAGUAGCCUCCUAUAUAGCAACUAUCUGAUCUCUGUGCCGCUUCUGUUCGAUCUGGCCAUUGCUGUGGGCGACUCCGAGCCGCGAAAUGUGGCCCUGCUGAGUCAAAUCUUUGACAGCGUUCUGCGUAUUCAGCCGGAGUACAAGAAGGACCUGAAGGAGGCAGUGGCCUUCUAUGAAAAUGCCUUUCUCAGCAUGCAGAUUCAAGUGGAAAACGAAGGCUGCGAGGGCGCAGGCGGUGGUGUGCCGAUUGAUGGUGAUCUGGAGACGCCCUACGAUGAUGUGGUGCUGUUUGCCUUAGAUUGUGCCUAUACGCUGCGAAUCUUGCUGCAGCUACGUCCAGAGCUGGUGGAGACCAUCGAAGAACUUCGCCUGGUGCAAAGCAUUGCCAAUUUCUACGAUCUGACUGUUCCCAUGCUGUACAAGAACAUCUAUAUGGUGAAUCCCCAGGCGAAUUCCCUGCGCUGGCUGAACGAGACCCGCCAGCAAUUCCUUGGCGUGGUUCGUGAUGUCAUCAGCUCACAGCUGCAAGGCGGACGAGGCCAGCAGUUGGUGGAGCUGCUGCAGGAGUGCCUCUCCGCCCAAACGUUUGUGGUGGACUACCAGCGACAGUAUCCGCUCGAGCAUGACAUGCAAAUGCUGCUAAAUCGCUGUCCCAAUGUGAAGAACUAUAAGGUGGACUUUGUGGUAUCUGGCUAUCAGAAGGCUGUGAGCACUUGCCUCAGUGGCGUCAUGGCCGAUGAGCUGGACAGUAGCCGGGACGUCUCUUUUGACGGCGACGAAGAGGAGGACUCUACGCCCACCUCGCCACUGCCUCAGGCCACCUCCAAUGGGUCAACGCGCGACAUUGAUCUGGAGGUCAGCGCUGUCCUGGAUGUGUUGCCCGAUCUGGGCAUGGGCUUCAUACGUUCCCUCCUCACUCGCUACGAGAACAGCGAGCAGGCGAUAGCAGCCAUUUUAGAUGACAAUCUGCCACCGGAUCUAGCUGAAAUGGAUCGGCAGAAGGUAUAUGUACCACCCGAUCCACAAGAUAAGCUCCAGAGUCAGACGGGCGUGCGUCACUUCAAUGUGUGCGAUGGCGAUCGCUAUGAUGUCCUCACGCAGGAUAAGCCCGAGUGCAUUAUCAAGCAAGGCAAGGGUCUGCCUGGUGGUCCACGCAAUGCCGAGCAGCUGCUGGACGACAAAACGGAUGUGAAAAAGCUGAAGGAGCGCUACCAGCAGUAUGCCAUGGUCGAAGAGUCGACUCACGAUGGCGAUGGCGUGGAAUACGAUGAUGAGUACGAUGACAGCUACGAGGCCCUCAACGAGGGUCAAGCACCGCCCGUGAGUCUCCUGCGUGCGCGAAUGCAGGCGGCCUCGCACUUGGCGUCCUCUCACGCUGCUGCCUACGAGAUCCAGGACCAGGAGGAGGAUGACGACGAUAGCUCCGAUAGCAAGUCCGAAAAGGGGACGGUGUCCCGUGGGGGCGCCGACUUCUGUGAGAACCCGGAGGUUAUCCGUGCCCGUUACCAACAACGACAAAUGGCCAAAUAUGGCCAGCGGGGAUCAAGUGGGGCACAGCAGAGUGCUGCUGUGAGCGGGGCGCCCAAGGGACAAGGCCAGACGCAGCAGACCCAACGCAGCCGCGGCCAAAAGGAGGCGCACAAAUCAUCGCGUGCCAAUCACAAUCGCAAGGCAGGAGCUGCCUUUAAGCGCAGCAAAGGUAUGAUGUCCUAAAGCAUAAAUAAAAGAUUACUAUGUGAACGCA